AUGCGCCGGCAGCUCCCAAACAGCCCAGACCUGAAUGUGCUGGACCUCGGGUUUUUAUCUUCCAUUCAGUCCCUGCAGUUGAAGAAGGUAGGCCGUACUGUGGAUGAGGUGAUCCGAUACACUCUCGCAGCGUUUGAUGAGCUGAGCUAUGAGAAGCUCGAGUGUGUUUUUCUCACCUUUCAAGCUGUGAUGCGGCUGGUACUCGAGCAUGCUGGCGACAACAAAUUUGCUCUGCCAUAUUUGAAGAAGGCGGCAUUGCGCCGCGCCGGUCUUUUGAUGUCGAACAUGUCGUGCCCUGUCUCGCUUCUCUUGUAG